CUACUACUCCUGAAUCAGCUAGGGCUGAGCUCUGUUUUUCCCCUCUUCUCUCCUUCGUCUUCUCCACCGCUCCCCUCCCUCUCUCUCACACACCACACGCACUCAAACCUCUCCGGCAAUACCAAAUCCACUCUCCUCAAACAGCAAACAACACCAAUCAUCGCCGCUCCCUAAUUUACAUCACCAAUUUACACUUGCCAAUUUACACUAUCAAUUUCAUAUGCCCCCAUCCAUGGCGACUGAAAACUCCACACACACUUCGCGAGCUGAGGAAUUCAAAGUCCAAGCCAAUGAAGCCUUCAAAGCGCAUAAAUACUCUCAAGCAAUUGAUUUGUAUACGCAAGCGAUAGAGCUGAAUAAGGAUAAUGCGGUUUACUGGGCUAACCGUGCCUUCGCGCACACUAAGCUGGAGGAGUAUGGGAGUGCUAUACAGGAUGCUUCGUCGGCUAUUGAGAUCGAUCCGAAGUAUUCGAAGGGAUAUUAUAGGCGAGGCGCGGCCUAUAUGGCGAUGGGGAAAUUCAAGGAAGCUCUCAAGGACUUUCAACAAGUGAAAAGGCUUUGCCCGAAUGAUCCUGAUGCUGCCAAGAAAUUGAAGGAGUGUGAGAAGGCAGUCAUGAAGCUAAAGUUUGAAGAAGCUAUUUCUGUACCUGAGUCAGAAAGACGUUCAGUAGCUGACUCUAUUGAUUAUCACACUAUAGAGGUUGACUCACAAUAUUCUGGAGCAAGAAUAGAGGGGGAUGUUGUUACAUUAGAUUUUGUCAAGAAAAUGCUGGAUGACUUCAAGAAUCAGAAGUUCCUACACAAAAGAUAUGCAUGCCAGAUCGUGCUGCAAAUAAGAGAUGUGCUGCGAGAGUUGCCAUCUCUCGUUGAUAUCCAUGUUCCUGAUGGCAAACAUUUCACUGUAUGCGGUGACGUACAUGGUCAGUUUUAUGAUUUGUUAAAUAUAUUUGAGCUCAAUGGACUUCCUUCAGAAGACAAUCCCUAUCUGUUCAAUGGAGACUUUGUAGACAGAGGUUCAUUUUCUCUGGAGGUUAUACUGACACUGUUUGCCUUCAAGUGCAUGUGCCCGUCAGCUAUAUACCUUUCUCGAGGAAACCAUGAAAGCAAAAGCAUGAAUAAGAUCUAUGGUUUCGAGGGUGAAGUUAGAUCCAAAUUGAAUGAUACAUUUGUGGAACUAUUUGCGGAAGUGUUCUGUUGCUUACCUUUGGCUCAUGUCAUCAACAAUAAAGUUUUUGUCGUUCACGGAGGUCUUUUCAGUGUUGAUGGAGUGAAGCUAUCUGACAUCCGUGCAAUUGACCGUUUUUGUGAGCCUCCUGAGGAGGGGUUGAUGUGUGAAUUACUGUGGAGUGAUCCACAACCUCAGCUUGGCAGGGGACCAAGCAAGCGUGGUGUUGGCCUUUCAUUCGGAGGAGAUGUAACGAAAAGAUUUUUACAGGACAACAACCUAGAUUUAGUGGUGCGAUCACAUGAAGUUAAGGAUGAGGGUUACGAGAUUGAUCAUGAUGGUAAACUCAUUACUGUAUUCUCUGCUCCAAAUUAUUGUGAUCAGAUGGGAAACAAAGGCGCAUUUAUUCGUUUUGAAGCACCAGAUCUCAAACCCAAUAUUGCAACGUUCACUUCUGUGCCGCACCCUGAUGUCAAACCAAUGGCAUACGCGAACAACUUCCUACGGAUGUUCUCGUGAUCCUUGAGUUCUCCUUCCCACCUUUCUAAUUUUUCUUUUUAGUGCAAGAGAAGACACUCUUGUUGCUUCCACAAGUGCAGAAUUCCGAAGGGCUGAAGACUCGGUUUAAUUGAUCAAAAGUUAACAUGUGUACAUUGGACGAAUUGCCGGUUUGGUUGGAAGUGUGUGCCGAGUUGCUGAAGGUGGCAACUGGCAACUAGGUGCUCAAUGUAGGCAUGUACAACAUGAUCCUUCUUUAUCUGUAUUUACAUCGAUUUGAUGUAUGAUUUAUUUAACCGUUGAUUGUUUUUUA